CUUUUAGACCAAUCAGUAAAGAGUUCGUGUAUUUACGAGCAAUAUGAAAAUGAUAAACAUUUUAUACACGUAGAAUUAUGUUUUAGCCGCAUUUUAGUAUAAAGUUUGGUUGAAAAAGCACCAUUGUUGCAUUUUUAUCAUUAAAAUGCGUUUAGCUAGUUCUAUAAUAGUAUUGCCUUUUAUUUUAACACUAGUUUCUGCUGCAAUAGAUCCGCGAAAUUUAAAAUGCUUAGUAUGCCGGAAGACCUUCGAUGAGCUUAACAAAGCGAUAAAAAAGGUGGAUAAAUGGAAAAAAGUAGAUGUUGGCAACUUCAGAAUGGAUGCAGAGGGCAACACCAUGCAACAAAAAGUGCCGGCACACAGGUCUUCUGUAUACAUUUCUGAAAUGAUUGAUGGAAUAUGCAAGCGUAUGGACGACUACGUGCGCGUGUACUACAAGGCGACCGGCAAGCUGGCGAUCAUGCAGCUGAUGACGGAGGGCGGCGGCAUGAACCCCGACUUCUCGAAGACCAAGUUCGUCACGGACGACGACCUUAAUAAGAGCCUGGAAUAUUAUUGUGAACGUAUGUUUGAAGAAAAUGAGGACGAAAUAACAGACUUGUAUAAAAACAGACCCGAAGAUGACGUCAUGCCGGACGCCGAAAAGGAGAUCUGCUUCAAACACACGAACUUCUGCGAAGACUGGAUGUUGCCGAACGAAGAAGACACCACAUGGACACCUGAAAUGGAAGCGGAAUAUACGAAGGUGCAUGGCGCAGACCCGUACGGUUUCGGCGGCGGUCUGCCGCAGCAGACCAUCUCCCGUGACGUGAGUGACGAUGAGGGUUAUGAUGAUACCGAUGAUGAUGAUGAUGUUGAUGAGAAACGCGAAGAAUUGUGAAGUGUUGUGUAGUGUAGUGUAGUGUACGAUUCAACUAAGAAUAGGAAUCUGAAAGACUUACUAGUACUACUAAAUUGAACCUGCGCCCGUGUUUUCUAAAAUUUUAAUGAUUGUGCUUUCUCAUACUGAUAAAACCUUUUUCGAGAUCCUCGAUGUCUUAUUUUAAAAAGAGAAAAAACAACAGUGCAGUGUAGUCUAUCAUUUCAUCUUGAAUAUAUUGAUGGAGGCGGAAGUAUAUUUCAAAAUGUAAUAUAGUGAUAACAUCUUUAAAAAAUACACGUUAGCUCAACAUAGAAUACUUUUUGUAUUUCUCUCUUAAACUUAUUUUCUUAUUCUCUUAUAUAGAAUUAAAAUACAAACGUUAUUUCUCAACUUAUUUACGAUCAUUAAUUUGUUUGAAUGAACACCUAUGACGUCACAAAAUGGCGCAGAAUCGAUCCUAUUCUUAGUUGGAGCGCAUAUGAAGUGAAGUUUUUUAUUUGUAAGUCGUGUGAAUUGUUAUUUUAUACAAGUUGUUGAAAGUAAAUGGUCAAUGGGCUGUAUUGAAUGAUUGUACAGCAAAUUCAAAAUCACUGCAUUUAGUUUUGUUAAAAAAAAAUCUAAAGUAUUUUCGGUUUUUUAAUUGUUGUCUAAAGAAUAUAGUUCAAAGGAGAAAAUAUGUUUAUUUAAUUGUAUUAAUCAUCAAUCAUCUGUAUUAAUUUUAUGUGCAAUAAAUGAACUCUUAACAUACUCUGCUUUUCCCCUACUUUUUCACACAGAUUAAAAACUAGUUACUUUGCUUUUUAUAUUGUCUGUGUUGAAUUUCCAUUAGGAUUCAUUAUGCGCAUUUGAACCUCCCCCGAAACUUAUGAAUUCCGAUAGAUGGCGCUAUUUUAAAAAAUGUGACGCUUAUAAUUUUUUUUUAAUUCCUUCGACCACGCGUAGGCGGAUAGCUAUAACAUAGAUAUAUGAAAUUCGCUUCAGUAAUUUGUGGCUUUAUUCUUACAUGAAUAUAUUGUCUUAUAAUCGGCCUGGAAUUAAAAAUUGCUCAAGUCAGGUUGUGACGUAAUUAAAAAAGAAGUUUAAAAGUCCUAGGCUACCUUUACCUAUAUAAUAUGUAUUUAAUAAGAAUUAGAGGAUGUAUGUUUGUCUUCCAGUUACUGCCCUUAUAUAGCAUAAGAUGCAAAUUUGUGUGAUGAAUAAAAAAUAUAAAAAUGAUGAUGA